AUGUCAGAAGACGUGAAAGUUCACUUUGAGAAUAUCCCAAUAAAUGAAGAAGCUCCUCCCGAUUAUAGCAAUCCUAAUUUUGAGACUUCGGCGAACGAAACAAAUGUUGUGGUCGUUAAUCAACAAAGUGAACCCGCUCGAAUUGAUUCAAAGCAGUCUCGUUUCAACAAUUUCAAGAGACAAUUUCCUAUUUUCAUCUCUGGAUUCAUUUUGUGUGUGAUUGUCUUUCUCAUACUGAAAGCUCUCUCUAUCGGUGGAUCAAGCCCGUCUCUUGUUUCAGAAAAUCCCGCUUUGAAGUGCGGCAAACGGUUGAUUGGUUACUACAAAGGGUAUGAUAGCCGGAAGAUAACAGAACAACAAAUCGAAAAACUGACACAUAUAAUUUUCAACGGGAUCAAUACGGAAAAGGAUGGAAGAGUUCAGUUUCAUGAUGACAAUGCACGAUUCUCCUUUUUGGACAUGAAAAAUAAGGCGAGGGUUAUGAAGUCCGAUGUGAAGAUCAUGUUCUCUACUGACCAUCAUUCUUCGAAUCAGGCUCGCAUAACAGAAAUAAUUACUGACUCGAAAACGAGAAAGCAAUGGGUUGACUCAGUUUCCGCAUUCAUCGUUGAGCAGCAGAUCGACGGAGUUGAACUUGAUUAUAGUUGGCCAUACACAGACACCGAGAAUGAGAACUAUUUGUUCUUUGUUCGAGAGUUAAGAUACAAAUUCGAACGAAUGGAAAAACUGACAAGACGAAAGACCCCAUAUAUCAUCAGCAUUGCCGCCCCUCCUUUAGUUUCAGUCGAUGAAGAAUCAUUGCUUAUUCAAGAACUAUUGGAUUACGCAGAUUUUCUCAACAUUAAAACAGAAAAUUAUUAUGGUCCAUGGCAAGAGAAUGGGAAGACUGGACCAUGUGGUCCGUUGUAUUCAACCAAUUCCAACUAUUCGAUUGACUGGACACUAAAAAAGUAUGCGUGUAAAGCUGAAAUGGCCAGCCGAUUAAACUUCGUGAUACUGUUCACCGGAGCGACUUGGGUGAAAGUGAACGAUCAUUUAUCAUCGACGGAUGCUGUUUAUAGGACCUAUGACAAAAACCCAGAUGCUUCCUCUACUCUUCUUUGGACUCCAUGGAGAAAAUUCAAGGAAAAUGGAUGGAACAUGACGUUGACUUCCUGGCACAAUGCUUCAAGAACACCUUACAUUUGGGAUUCCGAAAAUCGAAAACUUUUCACUUUCGAGAAUGAAAGGAGUCUGAUUGAGAAAAUGAAAUAUGCUAAGGAAAAAAACAUUGGCGGAGUGUCGAUUGACCAUGUGGAAUUCGAUGACGACUUGAAUACUCUUUUGAAUUCCGUGACAUCAGUUGACAUGUGCUCCGGGGAGAAAUUUGAAAAAGAUGAGAUCCGUUAUGAGUGUGGAAACAGCAACUCUGGACAAACUUACUAUAUCUAUAACUCUGCUGAAUUGAAGUUCAAUUUUCUGAUCAUCUUCGUAUUGUUCUUUUUUAAUUUCAUUUGA